ACAGGUGUGUUAUAGCUCGUCAAAGGCCUCGCUUUUUAGUCAGAAAGUAUUAUUUUAAUGUAGAAAUAUGGAUUUUCUUCUUAGUCCUCUGUCCCAUCUUGUUUUUAUAGUUACUGGACAACACGUGCACCCAGAACAGUUGAUAUUCCUGAUCUCAUUGAUUUUAUCUUUCAUUGGUUCUUACAUUUACAAACAUUAUGUUCAAACUUCAAGAAUAUCGUUUGAAAAUCAACUCGUUAUUUCGAGUUUAUUCGGAGCUUGGAUCUUUUAUUUAAACUGGGGGUGGUUUAUUUGGAUUCCUGUAUUAGACGUCGUUGUUUCAUAUUUACUUGUUCGAUUUAUUUCGCCUUCAUCAUCGCACAGAUAUGUAUUUGUAUUCUCAAUGUUGGUGUUGGCUUUGUGUCAUUUACGGACUUUAUAUUUAUUUGUGUUUUACACACCAGAUGAUGCUUCUGGAGAUUACACAGGGACGAUGAUGGUUAUAACACAGAGAAUUACUUCUUUAAGCUUCAGUAUUGCUGACGGUUUUUCAAACCGUCAUGAUUUGCUCAGUGACAAUCAGAAAAAGCAUGCAGUCAGAAAAAUCCCGUCUUUUACUGAAUAUUUUUCCUAUUCGUUUUGCUUCCUUGGAAUAAUAGCCGGUCCGCUGGUAUUUUAUAACCAUUUUAUGGAACACAUGCGUCCAAAACGAGACGAGGAUGGAAAACCGGUUUCAUCUCCGUCUUCAAUUGUUGCAGUAACCACUAAAUGGUGCAUGGGAUUAAUUUUCAUAGCUGUUUUCUGGAUUGGUGGAGAGUAUCUACCUCCUACACUUAGUAUGGACCCACAAUAUAUUUCAACUACCCCACUAUGGAGAAGAAUGUUCUACGUUUAUUUUUCAAUGUUUGUUGCAAGAUCAAAAUACUACGGUGUAUGGCUCAUAUGCGAUGCCAUCAACAAUGAGGCAGGUAUUGGGUUCAAUGGAUACACAGCUAACGGGAAACCAAAAUGGGAUCUUAUUUCUAACAUCAACAUUCCUAAUAUAGAGUUUGCUACUGGUUUGAAAACAUAUAUUGAUAAUUGGAACAUUAUGACAGUACAAUGGAUUCGAUUAAUAUCAUACGACCGUUUGCAACCAAAGUACCGAACCCUCGGAAGUUUUAUAUUGUCAGCAUUCUGGCACGGUUUCUUACCUGGUUACUACAUGAUGUUCCUCACUGCUCAUAUAUUUCUACUUGUGCAACGUAAAGUUCGAAGAGCAAUUCGGCCAAAGUUUCAAAAUUCGUCAAAAUCACGUUUCUUCUAUGAGGUUGUAACUUUCCUUGCCACACAGAUGGCAAUCGGUUACAGUGUCGUGCCAUUUGUGUUACUGGAGUGGAAUGGAUCGUUUCAAUUUUACAAGAGCAUGUGGUUCUGUGGUCAUGUGAUUGGAUUUGCGAUGCUGCUAUUGGUCCCUGCAUCUCGUAGCCAAUCCGCUAAAUCUAAAACCGACCAAUCAGAACAGAGCAACGGCAAGAAACAGGUUUUGAUUGGUUCGAAUGGAUCCAAUCACCACCAUCAAGAUUAGACUACGAAAUAUUUUAAACCGAAGCGUGCGUACAUUAAGUGUAGAUCAUAGAUUUAUGUACACAAGUAUUACGAGAAGCCGACUCCUUUUACUUUAUUCUUGAACUUUUACUAUUUUUCCACUAUUUCUGUUUUUAUCAAUUUAAAUCACAAUACUUUCUGUCAAGAAAUUAACAACAAGUUCUUUUUAUCACAAGGUACACGACUGUUGCACUUAUAUACAUUGAACUUUAAGGAAAUUAUUAGUUUUUUAAGGAAAUUAAUCAACCUUUUUUAAUCAUUAGAAGCCUAUCUCUUUCACAAGUACAUGGUUCUGUAUGGUGGGUUAAAUAUAUAACGACACAUCACCCCAA